AUGGAAGUUUACAGUGUGGAGCAGUGGCGAGAUGGGUCUCAGCAUGGAACAAGCGGCGGAGAAGCAAUCAUACAGCCAGGGGACUUACUUGAUCUUCAUUCAAGUUCUACUGUUGGAAUCCCAGUAGUUCACAGAGAUGUCAAGUCCACCAAUGUUCUACUAAAUGCCAACUUCGAAGCAAAGACAUCGGAUUUUGGACAAGCCAAAUUGAUGCCAGAGUAUCAGGAGACUUGUGUGACAGUCGGAGUUCUCGGUACAUUUGGAAAUUUCGAUCCCGAUUAUACAUCAACCGGAAAACUAACUUUACAAAGCGAUGUUUACGCAUUCGGCGUGGUUCUUCUAGAGCUAUUGAUAGGACGUAGAGCCGUCGACAUAAACAAGGGACCAAAUGAUCAAAACCUUGUACUCCAGGUUAGGCAAUUACUGAAUGACAGGAAGAAGCUACGCAAUGUGAUCGAUCCGGAAAUGGCUCGAAAUUCACACACCAUCAAACCUGUAGCUAUGUUUGCAAAACUGGCAUCACGUUGUGUCCAUGUCGAGAGCCGAGAACGACCCUCGAUUCCGGAAUGCGUAAAAGAACUCCAAUUGAGUUUCUGUACAAAUGCAAAAGGCCUGGUGAAGCAAAACCAGAUUGUUUGCUAG